AUGGCGGCACUUGUGCUCCAGCCUGGCGAGAACGGGUACGCGGACUUUGAGGACUCUGAAAAUGGAGACUGUGACCAGGAAUCAGAAGACGACCAGCGCAGGUCGUGCUUUGGGACUUCGACUUCGACAGGGCACAGGGAGACGCCGCGCUUCACAAAUGUAGGGCUGAUCGGCGAGACGUCCCAUGACGGGGCCGAGCACGUGACGGAUGAAGUCUUCAAUGCUGCUUCACACCUCAUGGGUGGAAUGCUUUCUGUUCUUGGUUCGGCCGUACUCAUUACGGGCGCAGCGGCCCACUCAAACCCUUGGGGCGUCAUCUCGUUUUCCUUGUAUGGUGCCUCGCUGAUGUUCUUGUUCUUUGCCAGCUUUGCGCACCACGCCAUCAAGGGCCCGAAGCCGCUGAUGGACCUGCUGCGAACCUUGGACUACGUGGCGAUCUACUUCCUGAUCCCUGGCACCAUGGUCCCGGUCUGUUUCGUCUGCCUCCAUCAGACCUGGGUUGGUUGGGUGUUCUUCGGAACCACCACUGGGAUUGCCAUGCUGGGAGUCUGGUUCCAGUCCUUCUGCCCCCUCGAGUUCCCGAUGUGGGCCAGCAUGACCAUGUACGUCACCUUAGGCUGGUUCGGUGCCUUCCUGGCGAUCCCUGCCUACGAAUGCAUCGGGUUUGGAGGUUCGCUGCUGCUUCUUCUCGGCGGGUUGUCGUACACCUUCGGGGGAGUCAUCUUCACUAUGCAAUGCCCGAAUCCUGUGAAGGGCAAGUUCGGCUUCCACGAGAUCUGGCAUAUCUUUGUCCUUUUCGGGGCCGCCUUUCACUACGCCUGCAUGCUGUUCUUCGUGUUCCCUCACGUGAAGUCCGACGUGGACUCCUAA